AUGGAUGCAGAAGUGGCUGCCAAUAGGACGCAAGUUGUGGCUGACAUACAUCCCUGCUAUGUCAUAGAGAACUUGAAUUAUGUGUUGACAAGAACGCCUUCUGUUAUAUGUGUAUUAUUAUAUAUCUUCCUUGUUUUACUGUCAGUCAUUACGAUAUGUGGAAACCUCCUUGUGAUAAUCUCCAUCAUUUACUUCAAACAGCUGCACACGACUACAAACUCCCUCAUCCUCUCUCUGGCUGUGGCCGACCUGCUUGUCGGGAUUGUUGUCUUUCCUUUCAGCAUGGCCUUCUCCCUCAGCUCGUGUCUGUACCAUGAAGACUUAUUUUGCAAAGUGCGGGGCAGUUGUGAUAUAACCCUGAGCACAUGCUCCAUUCUGAACUUGUGCUGCAUUUCUAUCGACAGAUUCUACGCAGUGUGUCGGCCUCUGACCUACAGAACUAAAAUAAACCAUCACAGUGUUGCGGUCAUGAUCCUGCUGAGCUGGGGUGUUUCUGUGCUGAUUGGGAUUGGCGUGAUGACUGCCGGGUUAAACAGUGAAGAAUGUGAGGACAGAUGUUUAAUCGAUCUCGUUACAACAAACACUAUUGGGGCUAUUUUGUCAUUUUACCUCCCAGUGAUUGUAAUGCUCUGCAUCUACCUGAAGAUUUUCAUAGUUGCACAGAGACAGGCUCGCAGCAUCCACAACACAAUCAGCCAGAGCACAAAGUCUGGAGCAACAGUCAGUAAGAUGGAGAGAAAGGCCACAAAGACUCUGGCUAUAGUCUUGGGAGUUUUUCUUCUGUGCUGGUUGCCUUUCUUUCUUUGGAUCACGGUUCAGCCUGUUGCAAACAAUGCAGUCCCUGUCCCUGUGAUUGAGACACUUAACUGGCUCACACUGUCAAAUUCAAUGCUGAAUCCAUUCAUAUAUGCUUUCUUUUACAGCUGGUUCAGAUCAGCUAUCAGAAUGAUCAUCACUGGGAAAAUAUUUCAAGGUGAUUUUGCCAACUCUAAAUUGUUUUGACCUGUUUUAACCACAAUGACACUUGCUCCCUGGCUAAAUAGAGGGUACUUUAUCAUGUUUUGUAACAAAAUGUGAUGGAGAAACAUAACCCCAUCAACAUAACCCUGACACAAUGAAUAUGAUUGAA